UUAUUUAUCUAUCUUCUCAAUUUAGGAUACGUGACUUGCAAGGUACGCUCUUGAAUAAGUAAAAUUAUAUAUUCAACCCUACUCAAUGUUUAAUAGCCUCUAAUUAAGUGCGGUUCUUGAAUUAUCAUCUUUAAAAUUAUUAAUUCUGAAACGUACUGAUGAUAAGAAUUUAAUAAAAUUAAUAAGUGAUUAAAAAAAAUCUAUCGGUUUAAAAAUUUAAGUUCUGUUUAAAUUAUUUAUUAAAUUAAUUAAUUAUUACGUAAACAUUAGCGAAAUUGGCCUGCUAGGCAGAGGAAUCAGGAAUAUGUAAAUGACAAAAAGGCAUGGUGUUAGAUAUUUUAACUUUAUUGUAUUUAACUUUCUAAUAUUGUAAUGGAAAGUGACUUUAUAUUCUAAUGAAGUCAGUUUUCAAUAAGACUUCUCUGUGUGAAAUAAAACAAGGAGAAAAAGAAAACAGCCCUUGCUGAGUUUCUUGUCGGUUCUUCUCAGUACAAGGUCUCCCGCCGUAGUUUUGCGAACCGAUGGCGUAGUUUUCGACUAUCACAAGUGCUCUGUAAAAGCUUAAACAGAAUAAUAAAAAAUUGAUUUGAUUUGAUUUGAUUUAUCGAUUAAGCGAAAGGAAAAUGUUUAACCCACAAAGUCGAGUUAAAUAAAACCAUUUAAAAAAACUUCAAUAAUGAAUCACUCUUAUUGGCUAAGGCGGACAUUUCGUAUCAAACAAUAUAAGUUUCCUUAUAAUCAAAUGAAAAUUAUUUUCAGUGAGGAUGGUGAAUUCGUGCGAAAGACGCGCGGUCGCGUGCGUUCUCCUCGCGGUCACCGCGGUCGUAGCGGCCGCUUCCUAUGACCGCGAAAGACUAGAAAUAGCCAAGCAAAUAUUAGAAGAGGUGCCUCUCACUGAUGGGCACAACGACCUUCCCUGGAAUAUAAGGAAAUUUCUACGAAACCAGAUCAACGAAUUCGAGUUAGACACCGACCUCACUGUGGUAGAGCCGUGGUCUAUCUCCAAAUACUCUCAUACCGAUCUCCCGAGGCUCAGGGAAGGAAUGGUAGGCGCGCAGGUAAGCACAACGUUCUUAACUAUUUACCUAUGAAGAUAAAAUAAUAUAGGUAGAACGGCUUAAUCGUCACAAAUGUCAUAUUAA